AUGCCAAACAAAAUCUCGUUGAUAUUCCUCUUCCUUCUCAUAUUUGCUGUGAAUGGCGCCUUUUGUUUUGGGGCCGGUAAUAUUCCUUCAUUUGCAUAUCUUGAAGGAAAGGCGUUUCGACAUGGUGACAUUGAAGAUGCACUCGCAGAUUUAUUGAAGAAAGUCGGUGGCGGCUUUGCCUUGGCCAGUGUGAUAGGUAAAGGUGGGACCAAGUUCAACGGUUUGGAUGUAAAGCGUGUGUAUUUUGGGAAUUGGCUUCGAGAUUAUAGUCAGGCUGUGGAUAUAGCCGGAUUGAAGAAAUUACCUUUGCAAACGAUUAUCAAUCUUUGUAUGGUGCUAGGAUUCUUGGCUCAUGGAUAUGCUACGCAUGAAUUCGAGGUCACUGUAGAGCGCUUAGGUGUUUAUCUCCCAACUGAGCACAUAGAUAAUCCGAAAGGUUAUGGAGAAGGCGAAGAUGCUCGAAAAUAUGACCCCAGGUUGAGAGGUCCAAUUGAUCCAAGAGAACUCGAGAUCGAUCCACAAACCGGCAUGAAGAACUACAUUGCCAACGAAAAUGGCGGGUGGGAUACAUCUAAAGCAUUGGUUCGUCGGACGUUGGAAAGAUGCAUUCAUUUGGGAAGGCAACACCGUGCUCAGAACAGAAAGGAAGAUUUGUAUGAAGCGUACAGGCUCCUUGGCCAAGCAAUGCACACUCUUGAAGAUUUUCCUGCGCAUUCUAAUUUCUGCGAGCUGUCGUUGGUUUCGAUGGGCCACCACGACGUUUUCACUCAUGUCGGAGAUCAAGUUCGCGUACAUGCUCCCGGAGGAAAGCUUGUUGCGCCUAUCGUCACCGGAACCUUUGGGUCGAGCGAUUUUAUUCACUCGUUGCUCGGCGAGGCUACUGAUCAUCUGAGUCAAGCUUCAGUCACUGAUCUGAACAAAGAGUUUGAUAAAGCCCGAGCUACUCAACAACGCUCUGGUCCAGGCGGUGCUACUGAUCCAGCAACUGUCCUCCGCGAUCUAUUUUUCUCACUGCCUGGUGGAUCUGGAAAUGAGAUGUCUCGCGAAAUGGACAACGUUCAAAGAAUACGAGCAGGUCCACAACAAGGAGGGAAGCGCCCUGAAGAUAUGAAUCCUCAGGAAUUACAUGCCGUAUUAUGGCAGGUUUUGACCUUCCGCGAUAGCGUGGCGAAGAAAAUCGAGAAAACCAUAGAGAGGAUUCCUGGCUUAGGGCCAUUGAUUGAGAAAAUCAUGGAUUCUGUCUCUGUGUUCGUAUUCACUACCUUGGAACCUUUUGUGAAGCCGUUAUUGCAGACUGCAACUAGCGGGUUACAGUCUGUCUCUGGUGAAGUAAUUGACAAUCAGGAUCAAUACGAAGUUUUCAAUGAUCCUAGGGCUUCUGACCCUACUCAUUCGUUCUUGAGCAAAGAUCAUUUCAAUCUCAUUCUAAAUGAGCCUGCAGGGCAUCUAGCAAGAAUCAUUGUUAUUCAAACUGUAACACGCGUCGUCAAAGCCUGGGAUGAUCGAAAUGUUAACGUCCACGAGUUGACGGAGGAUAUUGUAUCAUGCAUGUUUCACCCAGAUUUUCCCAAUCAUUCUUCCAAAAUUCAAGGGGAAAUGAUGCAUUAUAUGCAAACAUGGGUUCAACAGUUGGGCUCUAAACAGCAUGCCACCCUUAGCCGUUUAAGCAAGAACGCCGUUCGGAAUCAUGAAAAUACCCGCUUGGCAGGCGCUGGAGGGACUCCCGCUGCUCAAGGAACCUACGGUUACAAUCAAGGUAUUCAAGCACAACAUAAUCUACAAGGGUAUGCGAGCCAGAUACCUGGAGUAGCUCAGGCGCAAUCAUUGUUGGGAAAGCUCGAUAGCGGGAAUAGAAGAGAUGUGUCUGGUACAAGCUUGGGAGGGUCGUCAUAUCCUGGAGCACCUGUUCCACCUCACCAGUAUAAUUCAGCACCGCCUCCUCUCUUGUCAGGUGAAUCAGCUUCUUAUUAUGGUGCUGAAUAUCCUCCUCCACUGUCCGGUAGUAGGAUUCACCAUGCUACGCCGCCAGGCCCUCCCGGUGGCUCGGCUUCCCACUAUGGUGCUGAUCGUCCUUCAAUGCCUGGCAGCGGUGCUCACUAUGCUCCGCCUCCUGGUCCUCCUGGUGGCUCCGCUUCAGGCUAUGCGCCAUCUUAUAGCUCACCUUCCUCUUUCCCUGAUUCACCUUCUCCGUUCCCAGAUGUUCCACCCUCAUUCCCUGGUGACACACCCCAUUUUCCUGGCGCCGAUGGACAUGGAGGACACCAUGGGCAUCCUCAUCAUUAUGCGCCUCCUCCAGGCCCGCCGCCCGGUGCAUUCGGGCCACCUGGCGGACCUCCAGGAGUAAGCUUCCCGCAGUCUUCCCCAUAUGGAACACCCGGUGGCGGCCCCUCAUUCCCGGGUGCAGAUCCCUACCCUCAGCAAGGUGCCAGUUUCCCUAACGCUGCCCCACAUUUUCCUCCUCCGAGCGAAGGUUACAACCCUUAUGGGGGCAAUCAGGGAUGGUAA